AUGUCGAUUGGUCUUGCAAUUUCUCGUGGUAAUUCGUGUGGGCUCUCUGCUUUCGAUCAGGAGCUGCCAGACUCCAAGGACCCCGACACUCCAAAAACAUUCUCUACGUUGCCACAGCUGGCGCAGGAGAUCCAGGACAAGCUCACCCGUGGCGCGGUGGAAUGCAUGAUCUGCUACGACGUGGUGCGGCGAUCGGCGCCCGUCUGGUCUUGCGGCAGCUGCUUCUCCAUAUUUCACCUCCCCUACAAACGCAAGUGGGUGCGCUCCCCGGCCUCCACCGGCGACGCGUCCCAAGCAGGAGACCACGCCUCCCCAUGCUGGCGCUGCCCGGGGUGUCAGUUCGUCUAUGCCACCCCCGCCCAUGACCUUACCUACACCUGCUUCUGCGGGCGCCGGAGGGAUCCCCCCAACGACCACUUCCUCAUGCCCCACUCCUGCAGCGAGCCCUGCUCCAGGCCUCUUGAGAAGGCGGAACCGCCGGGUGCCAAGGGGGAGGAUGCUGACACCACCAGGUGCCCGCACGUCUGCGUCCUUCAGUGCCACCCGGGCCUAGGCCCAUGCCCGCCCUGCAAAGCAUUCGCUCCGGAUCGGCCCUGCCCCUGCGGGAAGCAGAUCAUCAUGCGUGCGGCUGUGCGCGGACCGGAGCACGCCUAUCGCCUAUGGCAUACCUUGCGAACAGAUGCUGCCCUGCAAAAGGCAUCGCUGGUCUUGUGGGGAGUGCGAGCUCAUGCCGGGGAAGGUGGCAAGACAAGGCUGCAGGAGAAGAGGGAAAGCUGCUUGGACGCAAUCCCCAACUGCAACAAGAUAGGUGCAAGGUCAGUUUCCAUGAUGGAGAAUGCCCGCCUUGCUUGGUGCGCGUUGAGCAGAAGUGCCGUUGUGGCUCAUCAGGCCAGAAGUGCCAUUGCUGUUACACUGUGUCAGUGGAAGAGUUUCGCUGCAACAAGCCUUAUGGCCGCAAGAAGAAUUGUGGGAGGCAUUGGUGCAAUUAUACUUGUGCUCUUUGACCCUGGGAAUGGCAAUGAUUUUGUACAAGGUGAUGUAAUUGUAUUUCCACAUAAGAAGCUCUACAGGUCUUUGGAUAUAUCUGAAGCAGGGGCGGAUCCAACCGGGUGGGGGGGGGCUCAAGCCCCCCUACCCUGCCUUGUGGAUUGUGGAACACCAGCACCAUCUUGUUUGCAUCAGUGCUUAGUUCCCCAGCCUUGCGGACAUCCAGCACCGCCUCGGCCCCGCCCAAAGCCAGUGGAGACAUGGCCCCCUACUGGCCCAAUCGUUUCUGAGGAUUCGCUCCCCGAUUUGCUUGCUCGCUCUAUCAAAUCCAGGGAGAUGACCCAUACGAUUAUACUUGCGCUCUUUGACCCUGGGAAUGGCAAUGAUUUCGUACAAGGUGAUGUAAUUGUAUUUCCACAUAAGAAGCUCUACAGGUAUGGGUCACUUUAA